CGGUGAUUGCCAUCAACUCGGACCGAUGAAAUACGGGUACUGAUGAGAGAUGAGAUAAGAUGAGAUGAAAUGAAAAAAUGGUUGCGGAAAUCCGAAAUCCAACAAAUUGCCUGUCAACCCAAAACAAAACAAUCGACACGAGAACGAGCAUCCACAAUAUCCUUCCUGUUCGGUUCCGGACAGUCAAUCCACACACCAACGUUUCUAUCCAUCGUAUCGUUCGGUGCCAUUGAGAACACAACCGUUUUUUCUAGUGUGGGUUGUAACAUAUCGUACCGCACAACUGGUCUUCGGCAACAGCAGUUCCGUUCGUUUCUCCGCCAAGUGCUGGGGCAACCGAAUCGCGAUACUAGUAUACCGUACCACACCACACCAUAUCAUACCAUACCAUACCAUACCAUACCAUACCAUACCAUAGGUGGAAUCGAGUCCAACCAUCCAUCGGUCUGCCAUCUCCAACCAACCCCGAGGACGGCCAAAAGAUGGAACACGCUGCAAGCCCCGGCACGGGGGCGGCCGGAAACGAACCGUCUGCGUGCGAGAAAGAAUGCUCGAAGCAGCAAGACGCCCUCACGGCCUGCAUGAACGCCAUUCGCGACGCCCGGGAGGUUGUUGCCUCGGGUGCCGGUGCGGGGGAGACCAACGACGACGACGGCGACGUUUCCAGGGUCGAUACGUCCUGCCUGGCCCCCGCCGUGGCCUCCUGGACCGAGUGCUGCGCGUUGGCCAACAACGGUGCCGUAGAAUCGAACGAGGGCCACAUCGGCAUCGGGUAGCUCGCAGCCGGUUCCGUUCGGUAUGUACCGUGGAAGGUGCACCGAACCCGAACGCAACGCAACGCAACGCAACGCAACGAAGGAAGACGGGUGGAAAGUGCCACCCACACAUGCAUGGAUAGAUGGAUUCGUGGUCCUCUCUAAAUCUGUUGGAUUCCAGCCAUGUUCGUUCGUUCGUUCGUUCGUUCGUUCGUUCGAAAACAAACACACACACGCACACAGGACGGUUGGAACUCCGUUUGGACGGCAUGGCGGGACAUGCCGGGGCAUGGUGCUCCCACGAGCCUGUUCUACGGUUCAUCGGCGUUCUGCACCCAGAGAGCAAAGCAAUGAUGGGUGCGCCACAAUAAACCGAUGCCUCGAAAACAAGAUGCAGCACAGCAGAAUAACAAUAACAAUAAGAA